UUAGUUAUUCGUGGCUUACCUACCCUGGACUCAGUCUUCGACAGUUUGUUCAUUCAUAUUACUCGAUUCGGUGUACGGCUGGACGACGUGGGAUACACAUAUUGGAAAUAUAUCCUCCACGACGAUACACAAGUAACCCGACAAUUCGGCUCUACCUCAACUUCAUCCAUUACAAACCAUGUCUCCAAACACCGAAAUGGACCCAUGUGUCUCCUACGGACGCGGCGGGGCUGGAAAUAUGCGCCGCCGCUCCUCCAUCCUCGACGCAUGGACGAAAAUCGCAUCGCAACCCUCCAACAACAAAAUCGCCCCCUGCUCAAGUCCGGACGACCACUACGUCAGUUCUAAAUCAGAGCCUCGCGCUUCGUCGUCGUCACAACGGAGGAGAGCGAGUAGUAUGUGGAGUUCAAGUACAGCCGGGGAGCAUCGAUCGGUGUGGAAGCGGCUGUUUAGGAGGGGGAGUUUAGUUGAGGAAAAUGAGAAGGUUGUCGAGUCAGAGUAGGGAUGGUGUGUUCCUCAGGAGGCGAAAAGAGGUGGAAGCGGUGUAUUGGAAUCUGGUGUUUUCGUGUUCACAUUGCGCGCACGUUUUGACUGUCGCUAGC